AUGGCGUCGGCAACUUCCAGGCCUCGCACUCCGGGCAAAUCGCCUCCCCCAGAGGCCCUUCCGGCCAUCACGGAAAACGGCACCAGCUCGCACCUGCACGUCGAUUCGAAGCGAUCGUCUCUGGGCUUCCUCCGCCGCUCGAAAUCGACUGAACCCCUGGGAGACCGCAAGUCCUCCGGGAGGAUCAGCAAGAAGAUGCUGAAGGAACAGGCCAGAGAGGAGGAGCUCCGCCGUCAGCGCGAGGCCAUCCCUCAACACGCGCCCCGUCUGCCGGACCUCGCCCCGACGCCGCAGCUCAAAACAUUCGGAGGCGACGACAAGCAUGACGAUGACAAGCCUUCUCGUACUGUGCCAGUUCCUCCCGUGCCCGCCAUUGAUCCAUAUGCGAGGACUGAAAGCAUGACCCACCGUGGUCGUUACAGCUACGCCAGUAGUGCGGUGAGCAGUGUCAACAGCCCGCGCAGACUGCGCAGACGCAAGGACCCAACCCCGUAUAAAAUUGUAAGUCUUCUGGUCGUGGGAACCCGUAACUGCGGCAAAACCUCCUUCCUGGACUUCUUGCGCAAGUCUCUCGCUCUGCCUCCCAACAAACAUCCCAUCCGCUCGCCCGACGAGAUUGAAGAAGAAGUCAACUCCUCGCCGAAUUCCAACUUCACUUCUCAUUAUCUCGAGACGGAAAUUGAUGGCGAGCGCGUGGGUCUCACGCUCUGGGAUUCUGAAGGACUGGAGAGAAAUCUCGUCGACCUGCAACUGCGAGAGAUCACCGCGUUCCUGGAAAGUAAAUUCGAAGAGACCUUCACCGAAGAGAUGAAGGUCGUCCGCUCUCCCGGCGUUCGCGAUACCCACAUCCACUGCGUCUUCCUGAUUCUCGAUCCGGUCCGUCUGGACUCGAACAUCUCCGCUGCCCGGAAGGCUGCUGAGAAAGCCAAUGGCAACAUUCCGGGCUCUCCACGUAUCGUUGGUAUUCUGGACGAAGACCUGGAUCUGCAGGUUCUUCGCAUCAUGCAGGGAAAGACGACGGUGGUGCCGGUCAUUAGUAAGGCCGAUACUGUUACGACCGCCCACAUGGCGUAUUUGAAGAAGGCCGUCUGGGAGAGUCUGAAACAGGCCAACAUUGACCCUCUCGAGAUCCUGACGCUCGAAGAGCAGGAAGAGUAUUCGUCUUCUGAAAAUGGUGAUAGGUUCGAUGAAAAUGAAGAGGAUGAGGCCGAAGGGAAGUCGACUGCCGAGAAGGCUGAGACCGAUGAUCAGACCCGUGAAGCGGAUGCCCAGCCUGCAGGCGACGAGCGUCCUGCUCCGGGUUCACCGUCCAGCCGGAGUCAGGCAACUCGCAAGUCGUCGAACUCCGGUUCCACGCCUGAUACUCCUCCGAUUCCUCUCUCGAUCCUGUCUCCGGAUCCUCACUCAUUGGAAUCCCCAGAUGGACCGGUUGGCCGUCAGUUCCCUUGGGGGUUUGCCGAUCCUUACAACCCCGAGCACUGUGACUUCGUGAAGCUCAAAGAUGCCGUCUUUAGGGAGUGGAGAUCUGACCUGCGCGAGGCGAGCCGUGAGAUCUGGUAUGAACGCUGGCGGACCAGCCGCCUUAACCGCCGUACGGGGGGCGGCGCGCCCAAGCAAUCCUACCAGGGACGAUAUGGACCUCCAGCCAAGGGCGGCCGUGCAACAAGGUGA